UGAUAAUACGUGCAGCUCGUAAACUUGCACUGCAAGAACCGCGGUACCUUUUUUUACCUUGAAUUUUUACAUUCCUUGUCAUCACAUCCCUCCUUUCUCUUUACUCACUCAUUCACUCACUCACCUCACUCGCUCACAACUUCCGCUUCCACUUCCACUUCCACUUCCACUUCCACUUUCCAUUUUCCGAUUUCCUUCUUCACCUAGACCAUAUUCGAACUUUUAAAACUUAAAUUUUUUCACGCACUGGUCUGCUACCUAGAUUCGUAGAUUUCUAGAUCUCCUUCGGGCAAAUCCAACUAUCCACAAAUUGUCACCACUUCGCACAUCGGUCGACCUUUCAUGUCCGUCAAAACCCAUUUGAAUACUUUGAUACCCAUUUGAGCGAGCGAGCGAUACAGUCACGAUUAGACUUAAAUAAAUCACUUCCUUUCGAUAAGAUACCCUUGUCUACAUUCACCAACAUUGGCCCGUAGAUCUACUGUUAGAUCCCGCAAACAAACAAGUCGCCAUUUCCCUACAUUUUACCCGCUGCGAUACAACCACGAAUUUACGCACUUCCCCCUAACCAACACGACUAUAUAUCAUACGUAUACAUACACAGAAGGGAUAGGCAUACAUUAAGACUAUAGGAGAAUCCAAAGGCAGGCUGGAGUUCGAAGACAACCUACGCUGGCGACGACGGGGCUCGAGUUGUCGAGCUGUUCAGCAGUCCAUCGGCAACAACAAUCGUAGCAGUCAUGUUCAUCAAUACAACAUGUAAUGCGACGCUGGAUGAUAUGCGAAGUAAGAGUUUUCUUCAUGCAAAUAAUAAGGAAACAUGCUGAUGAUGAUGGUAGUUGGGAAGUCAGAAGUAGUCUUGGUAGGAAAUUUAACAUUCCAUGAGUUGGGAAUAUUUGUUUCUUCGGCGACUGCCUUGAUCGCCAUUCUUCUAUCGUUAUAUCUCAUGUGGAUGCAUGCUUUGCACUAUACGAAGCCUUACGAGCAACGGCAGUACGUGUUCCCAUAUAUGGAGUAUAUGAUAUACUAAUUCUCUUCAGCAUUAUACGCAUCCUUUUUAUGGUUCCCAUUUACUCAGUGGCGUCCUUCCUUAGUUUUUGGCAAUACUGGCAUGAGAUAUAUUAUAGUGUGAUAUCAGAGUGCUACGAAGCAUUCGCAAUCGCGUCCUUCUUUGCUCUUCUAUGCCACUACAUCGCCCCAGAUCUUCACCACCAAAAAAUUUAUUUUCGAACCGCAGUGCCAAAGCCAUGGGUUUGGCCUAUUACUUGGAUGAAAAGGUUUUGUGGCGGUGAUAAAGGCCCUUGGAGGACACCAAGAAGUGGUUUGACAUGGUUCAACAUUAUUUGGGCUGGUGUCUAUCAGUACUGUUUUAUUCGAGUUACCAUGACUGUUUUGGCUGUUGUCACUCAAUAUUUUGGCAAAUAUUGCGAUUCUUCGGAUUCUCCAGUAUUUGCUCAUAUCUGGGUAAUUACGACUUUCUCCUUUGCCUGUAAGUCCGCUAACCAUUCCUAGAUUCUUGUGAUCGAAGGUGCUGCGGUAACAAUCGCGAUGUAUUGCCUUAUCCAAUUUUACAUUCAGUUACGGACCGAUCUUGCUCCACAUAAGCCUUUCCUCAAAGUUGUUGCUAUCAAAGCAGUGAUCUUCUUAUCCUUCUGGCAAAGCUUUGCCAUCAGCAUUCUGAUGUCAUCUACUAUUGGCAUUGUCAAGCCAACCAAAUAUUUAGCUUACCCUGACCUCAAGAUUGGAAUCCCGAACUUAUUACUCUGUAUUGAAAUGGCUAUCUUCUCGAUUUUGCAUUUGUUCGCAUUUCCUUGGAGGCCGUAUGCAUCAGAUGCAACCCCGGUUAGAUACCCAAGCUCACCUGGAGGUGGUUUAGAGCCUAUUGGUCCCAAACAAGGUGGUCCUCUUGGCCUUUUGGCUUUCGCUGACGCUAUGAACCCAUGGGAUUUGGUCAAGGCAUUUGCUCGUAGUAUGCGUUGGUUGUUCGUAGGUGUCAAAACUCGCGAGGCGGAUUCUUCAUAUAAACCAGCAACUUUCAAUAAUGACAAUGACAUGUCCCUCCAAUCUGGAAACUCGGAACCCGAUACAUCUUACAAAGGACGGGAUGCCGGCUUACCAAUUGCCAACGACUACGGGAGCAACAACUUCAGUAGUAGUAAAGGGGUUAUGGAAGGUGAGGAAGGAAUUGGUCUAAUUGAUAAUGCACAACCUGACCCCACAAACCUCAAUCAUUCAGGCUACAUUCCAGCAGCUCAACGUUACACCCCUGAAGGACAGGAUAUCAACACGAAUGGUGCGCGGUACAACUACAACCCGGACCGCCUGGUCGUCAACAAUCCGACACCCACCUCAAUGCAAAGACAGGAAUAUCCCGCUGGGAUGGCAGUAAUCGCUGAACCAAAAGCAUACCUAACUCAAGUAGCACAACCACCAUAUGCUGCACGGCCCUCAUCACCAUAUGGCGUGCGACAAUUAUCGCAACCAGAAGUGUUCCUCGAAGAGAAACGAGCUAAGCGAGCUGCCGAAAGAGCCGCACGAGAUCGAGCUGAUCAGGGAGCACAUGAACAGAGCGCGGCACCAUCAGAACUGUGGUCUAAUUCAAUAGGACCGAUGCAGCCCAAUGAACCGCCGAGUCAUAUCCAUAACGCUUUAUGGGGAUCCCAAGCGCAACCACAACGGAGGGAAGAUGAUUAUUGAUUGGAAAGAGUUACGGCCUCUUGUAUAAAACUUUUUUUUCACAAACAAAUCCGAUAUGCGCCUCGCCGAAAAAGAGAAGCUUUUAAUGGAUACUUUCUGCAUGUAAAACUGGGACUGGGACUGGAGGUAAAUUUUACUGGAAAGGGCGUUCAACGGUGUUUUGAUGAGGGAAGCUUACGAUUUCAUGCGCUUGCGCCAACAUACAUUCGUGUGGCAUCUGCCUGACAUCUUUUGGGGGGAAUGGGCAGAAUUUGGCCGUUACGCUGGUUGCAUUGCGUAUGGCAGCUGUAUAAUCAGUGCCAGCUCGAUGCUUAUUUGUCGGAUGUUUUUUCUGAAUAGCUCAAAAGGCUUAGGGUGUUGGAAUAUGGUAAUUAUUGAGCCGGAUUCAUGUGGAAUACCAGGUCAUGGCGUUAUCAAUAUUGAUGGUUACUUUGGAUUCAAGGCCCAAUGGGUGGCGCUGCAACUCGAAGGAAAGAAGCAUGGAGGGCAAUGGAAACUGUGUGUGAUAGUCAGAAUACCGAACUGCUCGAUGAGCUUUAAAAAUGACCGAUUUCUCUUUUGAUAAUAUUGUGAUUUCCUUGGUGGCUGGCUGGCAAGUGCCACAACUUGA